UGUAAGGAGUACAGUGAGAAGUACACAUCUGGUAGUUUGUGCCACGACCUGUGUGUUAGCAAGGAACUCAGCUUGCAUUCCUGUUACACUUAUAAGAACAGCAUUAAGAGCUAUACAUCUGGGGACAUUGUAUUCAAAGUUGCUAGUAAUCUGAGCUGGAGGCAAGAGAGAAUUGAAGAAGGUAUACAGUCUUCAGAAUUUCUCAAGCUUGUUGAUGAAUUGUUACAACAUGAGUUAGGACACACAGAUACUACGGGACUGAUAAACCAGCUUGUUUUGGACUUUGAUACAAACAGAGAUGGCAAGAUAAAUUUAGGAGAGGCUCAGAAUAUGUGGUGGGUGCUUCGACAGCCAGACUUUCUUAAUUUCUACAUCUUUCAGGAUAGCACCUCAAUACCUCGUCUAAAUGGUACAUGUGGAGGUAUCAGCAUAUGGUAUAAUCUCCAUUUGACCCAAGGCUCGACUUUAUAUAGAAAGACAACUCCAUGGCCUAUCAGUUUGUUUACAAAUAAUGCCUACAGAUGGACUUUGCCUGGUUGGAUUUACAGAGCCAGAGCUAUGCUCAGUUUGGUGGAACUGGCCGAGGAUUUGUAUGACAAAGAUGGUAUCAGGUAUCAUCUAUGCAAUGUUGAUGGAUUAUCACUUCACCACCAUGACAGCUAUGAAGUUAUUCUGACAGAGGAGACAAUGCUUUUAUCUAGUCAACAAAUACGCAAUAAGCUGGCAAACAUUACAUGUCAUUAUGCACAUGACUGCAUUCUUACCCCACAGUGCCAAACUAUGUUUACCAGACCAACCCUUGCUGUUGUUUGUGAUAUCCUGGAGGAGUAUUUGCUGUUUGAUGCACCUAAAAUAGUGAAGACAAGUUUGUCUCGUUUGAUCCAUCGUUGUCAGAGUUUGUCUGUUUAUACUCAGAUGCUUGACCUUGUUCAUUCCAUUCUUGUUCUGGAUCUAAAAAAUUUAUUAUGGAAUUACAUACAAAACAAACUGAAAUAA